AUGCACCGAUUCGUCUUUUGCCUCGCUUCAGCUGUAGCUAUGGCUGCCUUCUGGGGACAGGUGGUGAAAAAAGAAAACUCAAAUGUGUAAAUUCGGACUUAAGGUCCAAGCAGGUCCGCUGCCAGUGGCGUCCACGGAGCUGGCGACGACAUCUGAGACGACGGCGAUCGACACACUCGGCUCGUCUUCUUCUCGAGUGAAAAGGAGCGGAUGUGGCUGCUGCGGCUGUUGCUGUGGAGGAGGCGGCGGCGGAUGCUGCUGCUGCAGACCUCGGUAAGUCUCUUUUUGGGUCUCUGGCAGUUCAGCUCAAAGCUCAGUGAUCUAGAAACAUCGGGGUGAAAGUUUCGAGCUCAGUGUUCAGAGUUAUUUUUUUUUCUGAAGAUUCAGAUUUAAGUGCCUGGAAAUCUUCCGUGGUGAGAGAUAAAAACCCAAAACUUUUUCUCAGACUUGAAGUCUAAAUUCCAGAUGCUGUUGCUGCUGUCGGCGGUGCUGCACUUGCUGUAGAACUUGCUGCUGCACUCGUUGCUGUACCUGUUGCCGUCCUUGUUGCUGUGGAUGUGGAUGUGGAUGCGGAUGCGGUUAGUCUCUCGCCGAGUAUUUCGUCCAAAAAACCGUCUCAGGAUGCUGCGGCUGCGGUGGUGGAGGACGCAAGCGACGCAGUCUCCAGAAGCUGCGCAUCGCUCACGCCGACAAGCUCCAGAAACCAGUAGCUGGAAUCGUUUACGAGCUUGCACGAGACUCCGCAGAGACCACCUCGCAAGGCUCCCAGUAACUUGCAACUCGACUGUAUUUAUUGAAUUAAUUAUUUAAGCUAGUUUUAAAUAAACUUAAAUGUUUGUCGAAUAUUAGAUGUUACAUCUGCAUUUUCCUGCAACCUCCGGCCAUCUCCGACAACUUCCUCGAAUUAAAUUGUAGUAACUUAGAGGAAAACAAGCGGUAAACAUCGAGGUGAAGCAAGGGUGUACACUCAAGACUGUUUGCUUUGCCACAAUGGCUUUCUCGCGCAUGAAAACCACCUUAUUACGCAAUAGGGCAUCUCGUUCCAUUCCAUUCUUGUUUCAGAUAUCGUUUAACGACUUCUUUUCUGAUCCAUAUGAAUUUCCAAAAUUUCAUAGCCUCAAAUUACGUCAUGCCAGCAUUUUCUGACCCAAAUCUAUCAGCAAAACUUUGCCAGGUUUCUGAUAAGCCUUUUUUCCUCAUUUGAUUGUGAGAGUUCCACAUUCUUUGAUAAGGAACCGUGUUAACGACUUUUCAAAGUUUGAACUUCCUAUUUAAUCGUACGCCUGCCUCAAAUUUCAUAUUGAGAUUGCUCGAGUAAGUAAGAACAUUCAUCUACAAUGCCAUUUUUUCUUUACAAGGAACUGAAAUGAGAAAAUAUAAAACUCAAUAUUUUAUGGAUCAAAAAAAUGUUGGGACUUUUCUAAAAAGAAAAAAAAUAGAAUUUAGUUUUUGUUUUUUUUUUUUGUGUUUUUCUACUAAUUUCCUAUAACACCGUUUGAUGAAUUAGAAUAAAUGUUAGGACAAUUUCAAAUUUUCAUUCUUCAAAGUUUGCUUUUUCGAAAAAAAAUUAAUUUAAUAAACAAACGAUCGUUCUCUCUUAUUAAAACGUUAAAAAAACUAGAAAGCUUUGAAAGUUCAAAUUUUUUUAGGAUCUUCAUUCAGCACAAGACCUGAAACCAUUCUUAGAUGUUUUCAAAGCAAAAUUGAAAUGAACUUUUUUUCAGUCAUUGAAAAGAUAUUUUCUUGCAAUGAAAUGAAAAAAAUAGAUGCUGAAGGUUGCAAAAAAAGUUUAUUUCUUCUAUUUGAAAAAAGUUGACUUUUUGGUGACUACGUAAAAGGGAGAAGAAAACCGUGUUUCUAUCACUUGGACUCAUGUGCGUCGUGCCACACUUACGUUAUCUAAACUUGAUUUCGCAUCGAUUUUCGUCGUCUCCAGCGUUGGACACACGCGAUCGCCGUCGGCAGCUCUGAAAGGAUCGAGAAUGCCUUUCUAG